UACCAUACUUGCGGCUAUUUGUUUUCAUGACGGCAACGAUAUCUCAAUCGGUAAGCGACGAUCCUAUAGCAAACUUCGAUAACGUGCAGGUUUGGGAUUGCAACCCUGGCAUUCGACAACGAUGGGAGAUCUCUCAUUCCAGCUACCCGCAAAGCAACAUCUUUCUACAAUCGGAUGGCAAAGUGCUCGACAUUUUGGGUUACAGCAACGAUACGGGAGGUAACUUACAGGUUUUCUCCAAGACGAACACUCCCUGGAAUCAACAGUUCCUGUAUAAUGAGAGUACAAAUCAGAUAGUGAGUUUAAUGAACGGCAGGUGUGCCGAAGGAGCCGGUUCUGCUAAUACUUCUGGCACCAACGUUGACAUGGCACCUUGCAGCAACGGUAAAAACCAAAUGUUUGUGUACAACAAGACGGACAUGACGUUUAGAUAUGGAAUUAAUUCGAUGCUAUGCCUGGAUGCUGGAUCAUCUGCAAAUUGCAGCGUAGCACCCAAUAGCGGAUAUCCGUACUGUAACUCUUCAUUAGAUGCCAAGACGAGAGUUGACGACUUGGUGUCGAGGAUGACUCUUGAAGAAAAGGUUUCAAAUAUGCAGAACAGCAACAAGGGUGUCCCGCGUCUUGGUGUACCCCGAUUUCCUUUUGCGGAAUGUCUCCAUGGUGUUCUCAGUGGCUGUGGCUCAGCAGCAGAAGGGAGCACUGGAUGUCCGACCUCGUUUCCUAGCGCCUUGGGUCUCAGUGCCACCUUCAAUCACAGCCUUUGGCUGGAAGCAGGAAAAAUCGUGUCAACGGAAGCUAGAGCUCUCAACAACCAGGGCGUUACGGGAAUGGCUUUCUGGGCCCCUGACGUCAAUCUGUUUAAGGAUCCUCGAUGGGGUCGUGGUCAGGAGGUGCCAGGAGAAGACCCUUAUCUCUCAGCAGAAUAUGUUGCUCAUUACAGCAAAGGACUGCAGGGAAUGGAGGAAGAAAAGUACUUAAAGAUUGUGUCAACUUGCAAACACUUUAGUGCAUAUGACUUGGAAAAUUGGAACGGUACGGAUCGAUUUCAUUUUGACGCCAAAGUCGAGGAUCGUGACUUGGUCGAGUACUACUGGGUACCAUUUCGAAGUUGCGUGGAAAGAGCUCACGUGCAGUCCAUCAUGUGCUCAUACAAUGCAGUCAAUGGCGUUCCAAGUUGUGCCAAUUCGCUGUUCCAAAACGACAUUGCAAGAGGAGAGUGGGGAUUUGACGGGUUUUUUGUGAGUGAUUGUGGAGCAAUAGGAGCUAUCAUGAACAGCCAUCAUUAUACCAACGACACGGACAGCACUUGUAGAGCUGGUGUACUUGGAGGGACCGACCUGAAUUGUGGAUCAUUUUAUGCGGCUAAUCUUGCGAAUGCCGUAAACAAGGGAGCAGUUCCACAAGCUGCAAUCGAUGCAGCGAUUAGUAGAAUUUAUCACGCAUUUAUCAGACUAGGAGGCUUGGAUCCACCUGAACUUGUGUCUUACAAGGCACUAGGACCAUCUGAUGUUGACACAUCUGCUGCUCGUAAAUUGGCGUACGAAGCAGCUCAACAGCUCAUUGUGCUUCUUAAGAACGAUGGGAACAUGUUGCCUUUAGACACCAGCAAAUAUCAUACCAUAGCUGUUGUCGGUCCUCACGGAAACGCAACUCAAGAUCUUUUGAGUAACUAUCACGGCACUAACACUCUUGUCAACUCUCACUCUCCGCUCCAGGCUCUCACCAAUGCUCUGGGCAGCGACCGUGUCAAGUACUCGAAGGGCUGCAACGUUGCCGACACCGGCACGUCGGGCAUAGCCGAUGCCGUCAAUGCCGUCAAAUCGAGUGACGUGGCAUUAGUUUUCGUCGGACUAGACCAAUCUCAAGAAAGAGAAGGACACGAUCGCACCAUUCUUGAUCUCCCAGGUGUACAACUGCAGUUGAUACAAAGCGUUGUUGCAACCAAAAAGCCGACCGUCGUGGUACUGAUAAAUGGAGGGCCACUGGCCAUCGAAUGGGUGAAGGACAACGUGCCCGCUAUUAUCGAAGCGUUCUAUCCCGGUGAAAUGGGAGGUGACGCCAUUGCUGACGUUCUGUUAGGAAAGAUUAGUCCGGGGGGGAAACUUCCCUACACCAUCUAUCCUUCGGAAUUCAACUCGACGAGAAGCAUGUUUGACAUGAGUUUGAGAGAAAAUGGUGGAAUCACAUAUCGUUAUUAUACCGGAAAAGCGUUAUGGGAAUUCGGAUUUGGCAUGUCGUACACUACGUUUGAAUACUCUUGGAUGGACUCGGAGCGUCCACGACGAUUGUCUACUGUCCUGGCCGCGCAGGAUGGCAUCAAUUAUACCGUCAACGUCACAAAUUCUGGACAUAUGGUUGGCGACGAAGUCGUUCUGGGAUUUAUCAAUAGUUCUGACGAGGCAGACGCUCCAAUUCGUGAACUGUUUGCAUUUGAAAGAGUUCAUUUGAAUCCUGGCGAGUCACAGGUGGUUCAUCUCACGGUACCACCUCAAGUUCUGUCUGUGGUCAACAAAAAUGGAGUUGAAGCAGUGGUUGAGGGCAAGUAUUGCGUAAAGAUAGGCAGCUUAGUGACAGAAUUUGUUUUGAACGGAGACGUACACGUACUUUUCGACCUGCCGGCGGUGAAGAAACGUCACGUGUCCGUACUGUAAGAGAGUUGGAUAUCUCAAUGUUAACUGGUCUGCUUGAUUUUUUGUGGUUUACAAUGUCAACUAUCGUAGUUUUUGCUUGUCACUUUAAGGAUGUUGGAUGAAACUUAUAAACAAGUUGUUUUAAAUUGCGCUGAACUGUGUAUUGUCGUCUGAUAGUCCUGGGGCCCACCCUGAAAAUUUCUGUCCGAAAAUAUGAGUUAAAACUGAACAUUGGAAGUUGUUCUUUAUGCUUUUGAAAGCAAGAAAAGUUGUAUUUCGUUUUUG